CGAAUGCCAACUCCUGCUCUUAAUUGAAGCUGCUACUCUGCUGAACCAGCUUGAAGGCGCGUUCUCCUAAAGCAUAAGAGACAAUUUCUGUCAAGGAUAUCUCUUUUAAAUUUUCAAUCAACCCUUGAAGAAGAUCCGACUCAACCCAUCCAAGGCCUCGGUUCAAGUCGAAUAUUCACCAUCAUGGCUUCCAGUACGGGCUGGAGAGUCGCUCUGUCGUCGUUAGAUCGAUAUGAGAACAUCCAGAACAUCAAGGCGGCCAUCGAAACUGCCGGUCUAUCUAUUGCUUCUGCACAGAAAGACGCAUUUGCCGUUGAGAACGAUGCAUACAAAAACUGCGCGACUUUGGAUGAGUACAACGCUGCUUGCAAAUAUGUUCCUCGGCAGACGGAAGCGCCGACUGCCCCAGACGCAAUUUCUGCAGAAGAUGAAAGCGGCGACGGUUCUGAUAUCUCCAUCGGCUCUUACGCCAACUGCAGUUAUGUAGCGAGCGGAGUUACUGCCGAGGUUUACAAGUCCAGAGACCGGGCCUUGAAAGUCAUCACAGGAACUAGAAACCUGGAGCCACAUAAUCCUGCCCGAGAGGCCAAGAUACUAUCCUCUUUGAAGAAAUCUUGCAUCCCAUUGCUCGAAACUUUCCGCGAUCAAGAACAGAGGCUUGUGCUGGUAUUCCCCUAUAUGCCGAUGAGCUUGGAACUUCUCAUUGCACAAGGGUCGAUUUCGUUAGCUCGAGUGAAGAAACAUUUUCUAGGUCUCUGUACAGCACUGGAGCAUAUCCAUAGCCAGGGAAUAAUCCACCGGGAUAUCAAACCGUCCGCGCUCCUUCUCAAAUCGCCGGACGGACCGGCGUACUUGUCAGAUUUUGGUACAGCCUGGCAUCCGAACAUGUCUAUCACAACAGAGCCGGCGGACCAAAAGAUCUUAGACAUAGGCACUGGACCUUAUCGCGCACCAGAGGUACUCUUCGGCGACAAAGCAUACGGGCCUGCGGUUGAUAUGUGGGGAGUUGGUACUAUGCUUGCAGAAUGCAUUCGGAGUCCUCCUCAGACACUCUUCGAGUCUCGGCCGGUCCACGAGGAUGGUAAUCAACUUGGACUCAUUUUGAGUAUCUUCAAGACAAUGGGAAGUCCGACGCGUGAUAGUUGGCCUGAAGCUGCCAAGUUCAGAACACCGCCCUUCGGAAUGUACAAACACUUCGAGCCGCGAGAUUGGGAGGCUAUCCUGCCUAAUGUCAAUGUCGAUAUGCGAAGCCUCGUGGCAAAGUUGGUCAAGUACAACAGUCGAGCGUCUGCUUCUCAGGCUUUGGUGUGUUUGUCCGACCUACGAUUCGGUGCAUAAGCUCACUAUAUUGUGGGUCCUACUUCCAUUGCGAGAUAGAUUAAGCUUCAACGGCUCAACUGGAUACCGAAAUUCAGCACAGGUGUAUGGUUUCACGUAAAUUCUUUUGACGGCCUGGAACGUCUAGCCAGUGACACACAGUUCGGAAUGAGUACCUACACUUGUUGCCCGAACUCAAAUCUCGUAGACAUAACAUCAUUGG